AACCCUCGACAGAUGAUCGAUAGUGCCAUCGAUUGCAAGUGGCAAGGUGCAAAAAAGUGGGCAAAAAAGGUGCAAUGUUUUAACGUUAUUUAAAUGCGUUAAGUGGAGUUGCAUUGCAGACGACAACAACAAUAACAACAGCAGUGUGGAAUGCCGGCAUUUAAUUGAUUUAACUGUUUUUUUUCUGCGGGCAGCGCAGCAGCAGAGCAGCAACAACAAAAACAAAAACAUAAACUAAGCUCCACAAAUACAUAUACAUAAACACAUAUAAGCACUAAUACAAAGGACGAAAAACAAACGGAAAAAGGAAAAACAAACACAAAGAAGGCAAGAAGAAGAAGACGAGGAUAAAGGGAAAAGCAGCUUUUCCAGAAAUUGGGUCGCGCCUUGCAAGCUUGGUUUGUUGUUGUUGUUGCUGGUGAUUUUCACACGAAUUUCAUUCGCCUUUGUUGUUGUUGUGCUGUGUGCAUUUGUUGCUGCCGUCGUCGUCGUCGUUUUGUUGUUGUUGUUGCUGCUGGCAGCUAAAUGUUAUGGCAACACUUGCAACCUGCAUUUGUGUGGAGUGAGAAGUGGAAAGCGAAAGGAUAAUACCAAUAUCUAUUGGCAAGUCGGAAGGAAGCCUUAGAUUUCCACCAGAAUAUCCUGGCAAAGUUUAUGGCAACCCUACGCUUGUGUGUUUGUGUGGACUGACCCAGCGGAGUAGCUUGAAAUCGAGAGGAUACCACUGCUGCAGCCAGCCAGUCAGGCCUUAAUCUCCACCAGAAACUGUUCAGCUCCAGAACCCGAUCCCCCGACCAUAGACACAUAGAAUACCACCAAUAAUCCCCGUGAAAAAUGAGUGUGGUGGGCAAGCAACUGAAUCCCGUGCAAUCCUCCAAUGCAGCUGCCGUGGCCACAGCGUCCUCCUCGGCCGCAGGAUCCUCCUCGGCUGGCAGCGGAGUGGAGGCCAAUGGCGGCAGUGGAGGAGCCGCGGGAGCUGCCGCAUCGGGCGGCGCCUCCAAUGACUCCAAACGAGCUGCGGAGCCAUCCAGCGUGAGUCCCGAUGAGGUGCUCCACCUGACCAAGAUCACGGACGACUAUCUCUGCUCCGCCAAUGCAAAUGUGUUCGAGAUUGACUUCACGCGGUUCAAGAUCCGCGACCUGGAGAGCGGUGCCGUGCUCUUCGAGAUCGCCAAGCCGCCGAGCGAGCAAUAUCCCGACGGACUGUCCGUGGAGGAGACCAUGCUGGCGGCAGCCGAGGAACUGUCGCUGGAGGACACUGCCGAUCCAAAUGCCGGACGCUAUGUGCGCUAUCAGUUCACACCGGCAUUUCUCAACCUCAAAACAGUGGGAGCCACUGUGGAAUUCACUGUGGGCAGCCAGCCUGUCAAUAACUUCCGCAUGAUCGAACGCCACUUCUUCCGCGAUCGCCUGCUAAAGACCUUCGACUUUGAGUUUGGCUACUGCAUUCCAUAUUCGAAGAACACGUGCGAGCACAUCUACGAGUUUCCUAACCUUCCACCCGACCUAGUGGCUGAGAUGAUAUCGAGCCCCUUUGAGACGCGCUCGGACAGCUUUUACUUUGUGGAAAACAGACUCGUCAUGCACAACAAAGCCGACUACGCCUACGAUGGCGGCAUUAUAGUCUAGAAGCCCAACUAAUGUGGAUCUACAACUAGAGCAAAACUAAUAACUAAAGAACUAAAAACUACAAAUGCUGUGAGACAAAAUCAAUGACUUGUCACACACACGAAACACUCGAAACACCCACUCAAAACUCAAAACUGAAAGGGUUACACUCAAAUUGAAAAUUGAAAAUGGAAAAUUGAAAAUCAACAAUCACACACACACUCACAAACACAUCGAAUCGAAUCGAGGAAUAUUAUCACAGCCAUUUUAGCCUUAGCACAAGAGUUUUACCCACCAUUCCUGUUUGAUGUAUUUAGCAAGGAUAAUAACUCCUGUACACACUAACACAAACAAACAAAACAAACAAACAAACACACACUGAAGCACGCGGACUGUGUUCAUUUAUCAAUGAUUUCAACUUUGACUAUAUAAUUUUAAGUGCAAUGUGAUUUCCCCUGAUUUAUAUCUGUAUUUAUACACAUUUAUUUAUUCCUAAUAAGUAAGUACACUCACACACUCCCAACAAGAAACAUACAUAUAUAUAUAUAUAUAAAUACGUACGUAUACACACACGAAACCAAAGAAAAACGAAUUGGGACAUUUCGAAAAAUUGAGAAUUGCCGUCAAUUUUUGUAUGCAGCAUACGAUCACACGAGAUCUAUCAGCUUCUUCAUGGCAUUUUUUUUCGUGUCUGUGUAUGUAUAUUUUUUAACAAAAACCAGAUGAGAAAAGAAAAAGCUAAUGAAAAUGGAAUUCUGAAAAUCUAAAGAAUCUAACGAUCACACGCCGAACAAGAAUGAUAAAUUAAAUUACAUUUUAAAUGUACAUACACCACAAAA